CCACAUACAUCGUUUCCUCACAUUUGUCUCUAACCACACACAAAUACCUUCACACAAUGUCGCUCCCUACCCACUUUACCUUCAACAACGGCAAGAAGAUCCCUUCCGUUGGUCUCGGUACCUGGCAAUCUCCCCCCGGACAGGUCCGUGAUGCUGUCGCCUCCGCAAUCAAGUCUGGCUACAGGCACAUCGACUGUGCAUGGGCUUACCGCAAUGAGCACGAGGUCGGAGAGGGUAUCAAGCUCGGUGGUGUGCCCCGAGAGGAGCUCUUCAUCACCUCUAAGCUCUUUGAGUUCCACCACAAGCCCGAGCACGUCCGCUUGGCUCUCAAGGACACCCUGAAGAACCUCGGCAUCGAGUACCUUGACCUGUACCUGAUGCACUGGCCUCUGGCUGCUGCCACUGACCCCGUCCCUGAGGGCCAGAUCCCUCAGGACUACAAGUACGACUCUGACGGAAAGAAGGUCGUGGACAAGGACCUCUCUGACAAUGUUGUGCCCACCUGGAGGGAGCUUGAGAAGGCCGUAGAUGACGGACUUGUCAGGAGCAUCGGUAUCUCCAACUUCAACAUCCGCCGCACCAGGCUCCUCCUCAAGGAUGCCAGGAUCAAGCCCGUUGCCGACCAGGUCGAGCUUUCCUUCACCUGCCCCCAGCCCGAGCUCGUUGCUUGGCUGCACAAGAACGACAUCCUGCCCCAGGCUUACUCGCCCCUGGGAUCGACUGGAGCCUCGCACGCCUCGCUCAAGGAGAUUGACGAGCUGGCAAAGAAGCACAACGUUGAGGGUGCCAACAUCCUGAUCUCGUGGCAGGUGGCCCGAGGCUGCAACCCUCUGCCCAAGAGUGUUACUCCUUCCCGCAUUGCCAACAACUCCAAGCUGGUCCAACUGACCAAGGAGGAGGUCGACUCGCUGGAGAAGGCUGCCCUGCAACAGCCCCACAAGCGUGUCUGCGACCAGAGUGAUGACUUCAAGUACGACAUCUACGAGGAGAAGCACCCCGAGAACAACGACAAGGUCCAGUUCAACAAGGACUAA